AUGCCUGGGGUGCCCACCGGUGCCAAGGACCUCUAUGUGUCCACAUCGCUUGGUGACCUCAAUAAAAAAGCUGAAAUUAAGCCAGACAAGAUCAGCACAAGAAACUAUGUUCAAAGUGCCUGCAAACUCUUCAAGGCGGCAGAGCAGAGUCGUCUAGACAGAGAUGAGGAGAGAGCUUAUGUGCUUUACAUGAAGUAUCUAGGAGUAUAUAACAUUAUCCAGACCAGACCAGACUUCAAGCAGCAGUUGGAGUAUUACAUGACAAUGCUCGGCCCCAACAACUUCAAGAAAGCCAUCGAAGAAGCUGAGAGGCUCGCUGAAAGCCUCAAACUCAGGUAUGAAGAAGUUGAAGUGAGGAAAAAGCUAGAAGAGAAGGAGAAGCAAGAGUUGAAAAAAAGGAGUGAGAAUAUAACUGAGAAAGAUGACAGUGGAAGCCCUCCCAAAUCCUCAGCAGCCAACAAGGACGACAAUAAGGUAGUAAAAGGGGAGGUAAACGACUUGAAGAAUGCAUCUUCAAAAACGGGCGGGAUCACUGCCGAGAAACUUUUCCACAUGAUGAAGGACCAAAUGAUAACGAUAAUCGUCAUGGAUGCCCGGAGCCAGAAAGAUUUUGAGGAGUCUCACAUUCAGGUCCCAUCUCAGGCCUGCAUCAGCGUGCCUGAGGAAGCCAUCAGUCCAGGAAUCACAGUGAAUCAAAUUGAAGAAAAGCUCCCAGAGGUGUCCAAAGAGCAGUGGAAUAGGCGGGGUUCUGUGGAUUACGUAGUCCUGUUGGACUGGUUUAGUUCUGUAACAGAUCUAAGAAUGGGCGCCACGCUGCAGAGCCUUAAAGAUGCUCUAUACAAGUGGGACAGUAAAACCAUCUUGCGAAGUGAGCCACUUGUGCUGGAGGGAGGUUAUGAGAACUGGCUGUUGUUUUACCCAAUGUACACAACCAACGCUAAAGUCCACCCUCCAAGGCAGAACAUUAUUCAAAACACUCUGCCUCAGCGUGAGUAUCCUCAGCCUUAG